AUGGCUACAAGAACGUACGGCGUCACUGGCCCCGUGUCCUUAUCAAAUCCUUCAGUGAACGAAUUACAUUUAAAUGAUCUCUUGAUUGCAGAACUCAAAUCAAAGGGUUCCUUUGAAAGUGAGCAGGCCACAAGAAAACGAGUAGAAGUUCUUUCUGUUCUUCAAAAGCUCGUUCAAGAUUUUGUAUACACCGUUUCAAAAAGAAAAAAUAUGAGUGAUGGGAUGGCAAAAGACUCAGGUGGAAAAAUCUUCACAUUUGGUUCUUAUCGUUUAGGAGUAUAUGGUCCUGGAUCUGAUAUAGAUACGCUUGUGGUGGUACCCAAACACGUCACGCGCGAAGACUUUUUUGAAGUAUUUGAAGGUAUUUUAAGGAAGAGACCUGAAUUGGAAGAGAUAACGUCUGUACCUGAUGCAUUUGUGCCAAUUAUUAAAAUGGAAUUUGCAGGAAUUUCAAUUGAUUUGAUAUUUGCGAAAUUGAACGUUCCACGAGUCCCGGUUGAUAUGACUCUUGACGAUAAAAACUUACUCAAGAAUAUUGAUGAGAAGGAUAUGAGAAGUCUUAACGGUACAAGAGUCACAGACGAAAUAUUACAACUUGUACCAAAACCAACGGUGUUCAAGCACGCUUUAAGAUGCAUAAAGAUGUGGGCGCAGCAAAGAGCCGUGUAUGCCAAUGUCUUCGGAUUUCCAGGAGGCGUUGCAUGGGCUAUGUUAGUUGCUCGAAUUUGUCAGCUAUACCCUAAUGCAGUGAGCGCAACAAUAAUUGAAAAGUUUUUUGCAAUUUAUACCAAGUGGAAUUGGCCACAGCCAGUUCUACUUAAGCCCAUUGAGGACGGGCCUCUUCAGGUCCGUAUUUGGAAUCCCAGAUUGUACCCACACGACAGGCAACACCGGAUGCCUGUUAUCACUCCUGCUUAUCCGUCUAUGUGUGCCACUCAUAACAUCACAAAUUCUACACAAAAAAUUAUCAUGAAAGAAAUUCAACGAGGAGCAGACUUGAUGGGAUCAAUCACUUCGGGUGAGAAGGUCUGGGGAGACUUACUUCAAAGGCAUACUUUUUUUCAUGAAUACCGAUUUUACCUUUGUGUUGUGGCCGCGACAUAUUCAAGUGACGAAGAUCAUCUUAAAUGGAGUGGAAUGAUCGAAAGCAAGAUCAGAGUUUUGAUUCAGAAACUAGAGGUAACUGAGGGAAUUGGUAUUGCGCACCCCUAUGUCAAAGAUUUCAAGAACUCCUUCCACGUAAAGGCACAAGAUGUUGAAAAUGUCAUCAACUCGUAUGGAACACUUCAAGGUGAACCCUACAUAAAUUCACUCAAAAAGUCGGACACCUCAGAAGAAGUUAUGCUGCAGAAAGACUCUCCAGACAUACAAGUACUUCAUUUAACCAAGCUUUUUAUCGGACUUGAUAUAACUCUCUCAAAGACGGAAAAAGGUGGAAUAAGAAAACUUGACAUCCAGUAUCCCUGUUCUGAAUUCUACAAUUUGUGCAAGAGCUGGCAAAAUUACAACGAUCAAAUCAACUUUAUUCAAAUCAAGAAUGUGAAAUUGCAUGAUCUUCCUAAUGAUGUGUAUACGGAUGCUGAGUCCCGACCAGAAAAGGGAUCUAAAAAGCGCAAGAAGGAUAAUAAAAGCGAGCAACUCAAAAGGCCAAAAAGCAUAGCUUCAGUUUCUUCAAUCCCUAGUUAG